AAAUAACAAAUGUAAAAAGAGUGAAUAAAAGGUGAAUAGAAAUAUAAAGAGGUGAAUUGUACACAUAAAUUUGUCUGCUGUUUGUAUCGGUCUGGAUUUUCACAUUUUUUUGUUGAACAGAAAUUCUUUUAAGGUUUGUAGGUUAUUAAGCAAAAAAUUUUUCACGCGCAGCAAAAUCUUGUAAAAGAUAAUCUUGUCGCUUUUUAUAUCAUCUUUUUUUUGCUCUUGAUAACUUGGAGACAACUGGAUUCGAAAAAAAUUGAAGGGUAGUAAACACAGCACAAGACCCCUACUAAAUUUAAUUAUGAUAACCUCUUACCCGAUACUAAAUUAAACAAUAAAAAUACGAAAAAGAACUGACGAUUCCUCUUGAAGAAGAUAGACACUGGUCAAACAAAGUAAUAUAAGUAGAAUCAACUUUUUAAUUCUACCAGAACUAAAACCGCUCAGACAGAUUUUCGAUAGUAUGACGGCUUAUGCGGUUCUGCGUGAAUUUGAGAACAAAUUUCUUUUGUAGCAUGAUUGAAAUACAUAAUCUGAAAAGAGCAAAGGCUAAUCAAUGUUGGUAGACAUCGAAGACACUGCUUUAUUCAGGCGUGAUCACGUUAAAUUACUAGAGAGAACAGCGCAGAAACAAGAGGGAUACUAAAAUCGUGCCCUGGUCUUUUUUCUGGUACGCAUUUAGACACAGUUUUAAGACUGGGGACACAGAGGGCAAGUGUUCUCACCUACCAUUCACAAAUAGAGGUAAAGUGCAUACUGGCAGCUCAGAUAGAUGUCCUUUUGGCUAAGCAUGCUCCCUUCCACUUUUAAAAGGCUUCUUAAGAAUUCGCACCAAGGUAUAGGGGUGGUUUUGUCCUGAGGUAAUCGUUUUAUCAAUGGAGGGCAGAUUAGAAGAAAAUUUUAUAUCAUAUCUUCAAAAAAUAUAAUAAGUGUCCGAGAGGUUAGAAAGUGGUUAUGAACAUGGUUGAUGUCAUCAUGAUUUGGCCUUGCCACAAACCAUUAAUUCCUGGAAAUAGAACAUCAAAAAAACCAAAUCGAAAUCAACUAAUACGGCCGCAAAACCGUAGAAAUAGAACCUAAUAAAAACAAGAAACAAAUUUAAAUUUGUGACAGAGGAAUGUGUAAAAUAAAAAAUUGGCAAAAACUCAAAAUCAGAAGUUCACAUUACUAAGGUGAAUGAAUUUACCACAAUGAUAUUUCCAGAAACAAUGUCAAACACAACGAGUAUAUUCUAGCCGUUAUAUCAGUACCGCAAUUUUUGUGUCAUGCUUACAGCAGGGAAACGCAACACAUAUUAUUGAACAGAUAUAAAUAAACGGUAAAACCACUCAAUGUACGGUAAAUCAGUAUGUUAUAGCAAAUAUAAUGGCAAAAUGAAUAUUUAUACAGGUUGUACGCUUAAACGAGGUUAAAUCUGUUAUAAUGUGUGUCCCGAAAUAUGCUAGCUAUAUCAUAGUUAAAAACAGGUUGCAAAGACAUACCCCAUCUUUACAUGGCGUUCUGAGGCUAAAGCGUUUCGAAAUUAGUUCCUCAAACUUAGGGUCCCGGACUUUUAUGAUAUAAACUAACUUGCUUCCAAUUUUCGGUAUUCAUCAAGAAAAAGGAGAGGGAUCGUUUGAUAAGAAAAUUGCCUCUAAUUGCUAAGCCUCUAGAUACGCACUUUUCACAAUAAAUAAACUUAAAGGUUAAGAACAAUUGAUUUAUAAACAUAUUAUGAAAAUAAGAAAACAUGAAAAUAAGGUUUUCCAUGCAACCCUGAGAAAAAUCAUCCAUACUUUUGAGUAAGAAAAUAGGAUUUCGUAUCCAUGUUUUUACAUAAAUGCAUAUCGACUUUUCGCUUGAUUCUGUCUUAUAUGGUGGGGAUACACUUCUUGGAAAUGUCAACACACCUCCUAUUUUGAAUAACAUUUCUUUAAUGACGAUAAUUUUCUUUACUGUAAGAGUAUCAUAUAGCUGGCUUUACUGUCCAGCACUUCAAAUGCUCCCUAAGUUUAACAAAGUAUCUUUCCUUACUGGUUUGCUUUAAAGGUUACCUCGAAAUAACAGGUGCUGUUUACAUAAUGAAAUAUCUUUGAUUGACCUGUUAUACAAAGUAUCUUUGGCAUUUUGGUCCAGGUAGCUAGGAUGUUUUUUCUUAAAGACAUAGACAAGCCAGCAAACGAAUAAGCUAAAGGUAAAAGAAAUGCGAAGUAGGAAGUGUCAAUAUAAAGAAGUUGACUUUAAGAGGCAGGUAUAUUUUGAAGUAAUUUUAAAUUAUGAAUAUGUUUCUGCUAUAAAAGUGUAAUUUUUCAGUAACAGAGCAAAGCAGAAGAGCAAUUCAACUUGCAAGCCAAAAUUUUAAGAGGGUGGAUAUUAUCAUUCAAAAUUUAGGUGUCUGCCAAAAGGUAGUGUCAACUUAAACUUGAUCGUAAUAGCAUUUUCUAAUAUGAAUUAUCUAAUCGUAGACAACAGCAUAGGAAGAUUCUUAAGGCCAUGCAAAUGAUUCCACUUCUCUUCCCCUUUGAAAAAGUCUUCCUACUGUAACCCCUUUGCGUGCUUAACUUUUCCUCGGAUUUGCAAAUUGUGGGGAAAGGAAAUACCAGCAAAGAUAUGACGUCAUCAUUAGCAUAUUAGUCUAUUUUGCGAUCUCUUCCCGAUUAGAAAAAAAGAUCUCAAGAACAGUUCGUGCUUUAAAUAGUGUGAAAUUACCAAACCCUUAUAAAAUAAGCCUAUAAUUUGUCUUGUGGCUUGUUUAGUGGUCUUGUUAAUCUCUCUCUGUAAAGAUAGUUUAAAUUUAGUUACUGCUCCUAAAAAUUAUAAUAAAGUAUCCGUGAAAAGAAUUGUUUUAACGAUCUGCCAUAAAGUGCUCUACGCCGUAAAGGCAGGGCUGUACACGUUUUGUGCAAAGAACAGGAAAGUUCUAAGUUCCAACUCUGAGUUUUACCUAUCAAGUUCCAACACUAAAUUUAACUAGUAAAGUCCAAAGUGAAAGAAGACAAACAAAGAAAAAAAUUGAAAAAUAAAUCUGUUUUGUGGCCUUGACCUCUUUUAAUAAGCAGCAAAGAGCACUACCUCUUUCUCUAUUCUGACUACUUAAAUGUGACGUGGUUUAGUGACGUGAACAAAAACGUCAGGCUAAUUCAAUUUUUCGGAAAUAAGAUGUAGAGAUAAGGGAUCAGAUUUUCUUGGUUUCCCCUAUAUUUUCUACAAUACACGUAAUACAAGCAGUUAAAGACAUUUGCAGGGAAUAGCUAGACAAUAUUUUCCAAUAGAUUACAAUUACAAUAUCUAACAUUCUCAUUGCUUACUCGUUCAGAAACAGAGAUUUUGACGACAGUGCAAUGACGAUUUCAAGAGGCAUACGAAGUAACUGUGUGUAUUUGAUGUACCUGUGUGUUGUGGUGGCUGUAAAGGGAGUUACAGGAUAUGGUGUUUGAAAAGUAUAAUAAAAACUUAAUAAAAAUGAAACUGGUUUAUCAAAACAAUAAACGAGCCCUUUCCUUUUCUUUCUACUGAAUCAAAUGAAGAUUUCUAAUAAACCUAUAGCGAUUAUACAAUGCUCUAUGCCUAUUGACCAACCCGCUAAAUGACGCAAACAUGCCUCUAUUGUCUUCUACAAUAGUCGGGUGUAUGUGCAUUGAUGCUGAGAUUGCAGGAAAAGGAAGAUACUAGAGUAAGUAAUUCUCUAUAUUUAAAAAGGAUUACCUUAUAUUUACUUUAUAUUCUGAAUAUUCAAAGGCUGGUUGUCCAGGGGGGCAUAAAUGUAUGCUUAAUGUGGAAAUGAAUAUUGCUCGAAUAUAGAAUUUGUAGACAGAUCAAUACUAGAAGUACAAGCGACGAGAAGUAUUUUUCGGAUUUUGGUAAAAAAGUUCGCUCUGGGAUAGUUACAGUACGUUAACCAAAAUAGGUAAUUUAUCUGUUUAAAAAAAGGUUUGAGAGAAAAAGUCGUUGAUGAAAGUGGUAAUGUAGCAAGUAUCUUGUUUAGACUAAAAAAGGCAAAGAGUGUUAUCUUACUAUAUUGAAACACAAGAAGCAAUCAUAUACAUUACAAAGAUAUAUAAAAAAAUAAUACUAUAGUCAAAGUAGCCGUAAAAUAAGCAUAAGGAAAUUUUAAAUGAACAAAUUAUCAUAGGACUACAUGUAGCAAUCAAUUAAUCUGAAAUAUUACAAACAAUAAAACAUAGAAAUAUAAAAAUAAUCAGCUUUGAUCACAAUUUAGAAGAAUGGUAAGUAACUACCCAUGUUUGUUAGAUAAAAACUGUUUUCGGUAGUGAAUCUCGCUUGUAGGUACUAGCUCUCUCUGUCUAUUGCUGUCCAUUUCUUAAAUGAGGAUGGUAUUAUUGAUUGGGGGCGGGCGACGGCGUUCGCGUCGCCUGAUGCGCCGGUUGAUUUUUUGCAUUUUAAGGUACACUAAGAGUAAUGCUAGUUUGAUAAAGUCACCAAAUGACAAGGAAAGGGAAGUAUUGCCAGUACCUUUCAAAAGUUUUUAGUAGUAAAAUCAACAUUUGCUUACAAGCAUGCCUCCAGACAAACAUAGGAAUCCAGCCUACGCCAUAUAAUACGUUCAAAUUAAUGCAAAAGAACAUAUUCUACCUAUCAAACAAUUAAAAUUAUGAGCGAGCAUAGACUCGAUAUCCUCCAUAUUGGCAAACAAGAAACUAUAUAUAUAGAAAAUAAUUAAGACUUUUACAGACCACAAUAUAUAAGGCAUAUCGUUUGUUUUUUUUAAUUUUUGCGUGGUAUAUAUAUUUUUUGUUUGCUCAUCUUUUAUCUUAUACUUAAGUUAUCAAUCUAGAACUCAUAAGGAAGUAAAUAACGAUGAAGAAAACGCCGCUCCAGCAUGCUAUGGUCUUCCGGCAUUUUUCUAAUUACAAAUAUACAUAAACGGGAGCCUUCCAUCAAUUCUCUUUUGGUUGAUUCUCUAAAUAGCAACAGGUCUGUAAGCAUGUAGGAGGUGCAGUAAUGUGAAACUAAAUAGAGACUCGCGCCAUACACCUGCAACAGGAUGCAGUAUUCAGGGGGUUGUGUCAAAGAAUGUGGAAGACACGAUUGUACCACUUCCACCGCGUUCAAAUCUAGCCCGAGUUUGAAUGGUGACGUGAUGGAUUUUUUUUCUUCAAUACUUCUCUAGCUUAACCUAAACACGAUAGUGGGAAACUAUUGAAAAUGUUUUGAAACAUAGUGCUAAAUUUAAACCUAAAUGCUAUAGCCAAAAACGGAACAUCAAAACUACUUUUUGCAGCGGAAAGAAAGCGGAGGUCAAUAACAUGUGAAGAAAAAAUUAAUUAAUUAUAGCUAUUCAUAAAUUUCUGCAUCAUUUAUUUUUUAAUUGAAAAAGGUUGCUUGUAAAAAGUUAGAGAAACUAUCAGGGUUUUUACAUUUAUAUUUUGCUAAAUUAAUUAUUAUCUCGAAAUAAUGAGCUAUUGCAUGCAGAAUUGGAAAUAAAAAUAGCUUUUAAAAGAUUCAGGAUAUUAUAAGGUGAAAGGAAACUGAAUCGAUCGAUGAAGCAAACCGCAUCCCGUGAUGCGGGUUCGGGCCUACAGUGGUCAUAAGGCGAACGUUGGUUUGGAAAAUUGGGUGAUUAAAUGUACCAGCAAAAACGCUUUAAAUUAAAUAUUACCAUUAGUAUAGAGUACCUCUAUUUCGUGAUAGAAACUUUACAGUUCCUUAGAAAUAAAAACUUUUUUCAAAUUCUCCAAAUUCAAACAGAAUCUUUGUUCGAAAUAAAACAAACAGCAAUACUUGACUCCCGUUAGCCACAUAACAAGAAUUAUUUGAUUCGAAUCUACUAUAUCACAUCUUCCUAUAGACUAGGGAUGUCUUAAAUCUACAGCUUUUGGACAAAAAAGGAAAAUACAAAAUGGAAGAUGUAAAAAAAAGGGAAAAAUUAUAAAAGAAAAAUAUGUAAAACGACAAGUCGCUAAAAAAAAUACUUUUAGAAAAGUAUCUUUCAAAAUCUAGCUGCUUUUAUUAAGCUGCUUUAAUCUAGCGUUAGAAUAAUUGAUAAUUGAUAUGGAAUACGGUAUAGAAAAAUUCUAAAUAUGGCAGAUAUCUAACGUGCAAGGUAUUGGUUUAAGUGAAUUCCACUACACAACCCCCGUUAUUCUGACAAGAAGGCCUCAGUCACUGAAACCUCACUCCUGUAGGAAUUGUCCAUACUACCUAAUAGCGAUUACGUCAGCAUCUGAAAUCGGAAGUCAGGCCAAAGAUGGCUACCGAAACAGCUUCUAGUAUCCGAAAUCUAGUUUCUGCAAUGGGUAUAAAAGGGGAGGUUGAUAAGACUGUACAUUCAAAGCAGAUAGCUACCAGCAUCAAAUCAACUCUAAUCUUGAGCAACUCAAGAACACACAAGAAAGCCAAGAACUCGCUGCAUAAUCGCUGCAUCGCAACACUCCAAGUGAAAAGCAUAAAAGAACAGAAAAGAUAAAACUUUCAAAAUGGCAUUUAAAAAGGGAGCAAUACUGUGCACUAUCUUUGCAAUGGCCUCAAUCGUCAACUUAGUAACCUCAUUGCCAAUGUACAAGCAAGAAAAUCUGACCCAUGUUGGUGAGGCAUCUAAUUCCACAGUAACAGAUGAAUCACAACAGCUAGGGUAUGCGAAUCUUACUGCGGAGGAGCUUAUGAAUCUGUCGCCUGUCGAGUACUACAAAGUUAUGGGAGCGAGCCCUGAACAAAUUGCACAUCUGACCGGAUCCUCUUUAUCAGAAGGCCACCAUAGAGCAAAGAGAAGUCUCACCACGUGUCCAGUGUCCUACAAGAUCACCGUCUAUGCUGACAGGUUACCAAGCUUAAUAAAAACAGCUAUUUGCAACGGCCCACAGACCACAUGUUUAUCACCCUCUGGUUCACCGUCGUGCAAGGAGUACUUCAUGAUACACAGAUACAAGCUAAUUGCAACUGGGGAGAUCGGGAGAAUGAAUGUAGCAGUAGCAUGCACAUGUGAAGCCUAAUUCAGCCGAACAAAUUAAUAACAAAGAAACAAGUUAGUCAUCGCAUUUUGUUUUAGCCUAUACAGUAAAUUCCAGAUAACUCGAACUGACAUUGCAUUCCCUUUGCCCAAUACAUUCAUAUAAAAAUGCCCACGAUAAUUUGAACAUUCUCUAUCUCGAGCCACUUCAUUGGUCUUUGGAGGUUCGAGUUACCAGGAGUUUAAUGUAUCUCGUUGAGAUCAAUCUCAAUUGCAAAUUCUCUUUCACUACAACAAAGUGACAAAGCUACCUUUUUAGAUAAUUUUUAGUUUCACACUUAGUUUCAUUAAUUAGAUAGAGAAUCUUUUUUUUAAUUCAGACUUAUAUGCACCGGGCUCUUUACCCACCGUCCAUGCAUAAAGACAAAGUAUAACCCUAUUUCUUACAUAAAUCUGAAUAUUUUGUGCUAAACUUCCUAAAACAAAAAAUAUGUUAUGCAGAAAAUUUCAUACAUUGGAAAGACAAUUGUUUUUCACGAAUACAUGCUUUUGUACACAUUCGAUAAGUUAUUUCAUUAAUUGUUUUAUUCACCAAACAUUAUCCUACUCUGGAGAUUAUUCCAUCUGGCAUCCAAGAAGCCAAAAAAUUAGUAGUCCCUUAGUCCGGUGCAUAGGCAAUUUCGACCGAAUUAUAAUUAUUUUUAAAACUAGAUUACACAAUUUUUUAAAUCUGAACAAGCUGACGGCAGGCCAUCGGUGAAUUUUUAAUAUGAGACGUAAUAUUAGGAAUAUAUUUAUUGCUAGAAUAUUUAUAAAUUAUCAUAUUAUAUUUAUUACAACAUAUUAUAUUUAUUACAACAUAUUAUAUUUAUACGAAAAUAAAAUAUUUAAUAUUUAUUAACAAUAUAUUUAAUUAAGCUGUCUUGUUCAAUUUGUGAAUAGAUUACAUUCAUAUACAAUUUUAUUUAAAAUUUUAAUCUAGACACCAUUAUCAAAUCCCCUCCAACUUCCAACCAAAUUCAUGAUAUAACUUCAGGGUCUCGUUCCUAAAGCGAAAUCUUAAUACCAGUUGCUUUAAAUGCGAAGCCCAACAAAAUUGUGAAAGCUUAAAUUGAGCUACAUGAGUGGUACAGCCUUUAAAAGUAUGACACGCUUAGCAAUCUGCUUCCCCCUUCAAAUAACAGGGUUUAUCUAUCAUCGAAUUAGAUUUUUAGACUUUUAAAUAUUGGUACUUUUAUCAAUGCAUAGUCCUUUAUCAAAUUAUUAGCCUACAAAUUACACGCCAAAACGACUAUAUUUAUAUGAAAAUUAUAUGAACAAUCUUAUGAACAUUAAAUGCGAUCAGUAAAUUGUGUUAUCUUUUUGAUUGUUCAGGCUUUAUAGUACCGGGUGACUUCAACAUUGA